AUGGAGAAGGAAAGCCACAUCAAGAGAGUAUCCAUGAGAAACACGGAAAAUCCAGAAAAUAUAAAAAAAGAACUGGAAGAAGCACUGGAAUCAUGGUUCAAAACGAGCACUACGAAAAGGCCAGCGGGGCAAAGGCCCACCUCCACGCUGGCAGCACGUCCCAAUUCGGAGAUAGAUACAGGAGACGCUGACGACGAAGAUUUAAAACUUAUUGACGUCAUGAGCGAGAAAGAAGUUAAUGCUAAGAUCGAGGAGUUAUUGAGUGACAUGAACCUCAACGACGACAAAAAGAAACCCCUUAGAGACAUGCCGAUGGAACAGAAACGUGCAAUGUUAAAGAUGCAGAACAAAAAGAAAGGACAACACGACACGGGCAGUCGAUUCAACGAUCCCGAAGAUUAUUACAGAUAUCUGGAUCAACACAUUAACCCGGAGUAUUUACAGCUGAACAAAUGUCUGAACUGCGUCGAAAGCUUGAGGGUGGCCUUGACUAACAAUCCAGUCAGUUGGGUGGAGAAGUUUGGGACUAUAGGAGGUUUACAGAAACUUGAACAAGUAUUAGAUACGGGAAUAAGAAAUAAAGAUGUUCGACUUCAAACGGAAUGUUUACGAUGUUUGGAAAAAUUCAUGAACAAUACGACGGGGCUUAAAGCUUUUUUCAAAUUUUCGAAAGCGCAUUUGACUGUUGCCAGAUGCUUGGACCACGAAAAGCCUACUGUGAUGCUACAAGCCUUAAAAAGUAUGUGUUUCCAAUUCAUCAAUGCCUUAUUAAGCGAAACGGAGGACUUCGAGUUCCGUAUGCAUUUAAGAAACGAAAUUGUAAGAAACGGACUUUACGAAAAACUACACAAACCGAUGCAAAUUGAGAGUGCAGAAGUCGAAAGCCUAAAAAAGCAACUCGAGGAAGCAAUCGCAGCAAAAACAGAGGCCGAAGCCAAACUAGAACUUGUCCAAGGCCGAGCGGGUACCACCCAACCCUCCGGAAAAUUAGACCCAGCUCUAGUAAACAAAAUCAAUGUGCCACCACCUCCUCCGAUGCCAGGUGUCGGUGCACCUCCACCACCUCCUAUGCCUGGAAUGGGUGGCGGUCCUCCUCCACCUCCGAUGCCCGGAAUGGGAGGCGGUCCACCUCCUCCUCCGAUGCCGGGAAUGGGAGGCGGCCCACCUCCUCCUCCGAUGCCUGGUAUGGGCGGUGGGCCACCACCUCCUCCAAUGCCUGGAAUGGGCGGAGGACCGCCUCCGCCACCCAUGAUGGGGGGUAUGCCUCCGCCUCCGCCCGGUAUGGUUCCCUUACCGGGUUUGGCAAGGCCGGAUUUGUUACCUCACGGUUUAAAACCAAAGAAGAAGUGGGAAGUUACGGGACCAUUAAAGAGGGCCAAUUGGAAAACUAUUCUACCACAAAAAAUGUCCGAAAAGGCCUUCUGGGUAAGAGCAAAAGAAGAAGAUCUUGCCGAACCAGAUAUUCUCGACGGUUUGGCUAAGAAGUUCUCGUCUAAACCUGCCAAAUUACCAGAAGAUGUGACAGAUAAGAGCAAUAAUACGGGAACGAUGAAGAAAGUUAAGGAACUUAAAGUGUUGGAUGGAAAAACUGCCCAAAAUAUUAGUAUAUUAUUAGGGGGAUCGCUCAAACACAUACCAUAUGAAGAUAUUAAAAACGCUCUACUGAGAUGCGACGAAGCCAUUCUAUCUGAUAAUGUUACCGAACAACUUAUUCAAUAUUUACCUCCUGCCGACCAAUUAAACAAAUUCCAAAACUUCAAAGAGCAAUACAAAGACCUGACUGAGGCUGAACAGUUCUGCGUGAAGAUGUCCGAAGGAAUUGUUGCUGCUACAGCUGCUUGCGAAGAAGUGAAGAAGAGUAAAAAGUUCGCCAGGAUUUUAGAACUUAUUUUACUGAUGGGUAACUAUAUGAAUACGGGAAGUAAAAAUGCGCAAGCGUUCGGAUUUGAAAUGUCUUUCCUUACCAAGUUAACCUCUACAAAAGACGUUUCGAAUAAGCAAACGCUUCUUCAUUAUAUUACUGAAACGAUAGAGAACAAAUUUCCAGAUCUCCUUAAUUUUUACGAUGAAAUGCCUCAUAUAGAUCAAGCCAGCCGGGUAUCGUUAGAUACGAUACAAAAAGCGUUACAACAAAUGGACACUAGCAUAAGAAAUUUAAAGACGGAUUUGACAAAUAACAGGGUACCUCAGAGUGAAGAAGACAAAUUUUUAGAAGUUAUGGAGAAAUUCGCUGAAGAAGCCAGAGAACAAUGUGACAUCAUGCAGAAAAUGUUAAAGAAAGUAGAAAACCUCUAUAACGAUCUAGCUGAAUAUUACGUGUUUGACAAACAGAAAUAUGCAUUAGAAGAAUUCUUUGUGGAUUUGAAAACGUUUAAAAAUAGUUUCUUGCAAGCCAAAGCUGAUAAUCAGAGAGAAAAGGAAAUCGAAGAGAAGAAAGAGAAGGCGAGGUUAGCGAAACUAAAACAAGAAAAAGAAAAGGAAGAGAGAAAUAAACGAAGGCUGAUUGAUAUGAAUCCUUCAGAAACGCAGGAAGGAGUUAUGGAUAGUUUGCUAGAGGCUCUUUCUACGGGUAGCGCAUUUGGAAGGGAGCAGAAGAAACGAAGGGGGCAUCGACCAGCAGGAGCUGAAAGGAGGGCCCAGUUAGUUAGAUCUAGGUCAAGAACGGCCUUAAUAGCUGGAAGAGAAUUAACUAGGGCAACAUCUUUAAAGCACGAUCUCUCUUAUAUAGAAUAUAAUGUGGAUGAAAACGAUUUAGGCCUUUCUACUACGUCAGUCUUUUUCUAAAAAAAUGCCUAUAUA